AUGGACCACGCCGAUGAGAAGAAUGAGUUGCAGUUUCAGUUCGAAAUGCUACAGAAACAGCAGGAGAAAAAAAAGCUGGAUAGGAAAAAAGCAAAAGAAGCACAUAAGCCUAAUGUCAAAGUUACACAGGAGGAUUCGGAUCAGUUAGAGGAAGGCAGUCCGGCAGACAACCUGUCUGCAAACGACAGUCAGAAUUCGCUUGAGCAGCUGAGAGAGCUACAAGACGAAAAUGGUCGUCUCUUCAAACUUCUCGGAGAAAAGGAUUUUGAAAUUAAAUACCUGAAGAAGAAAAGAGAAGAGGAACGCUUGGCCUUAGCAUGCACAUCAGACUUGGCUGGAGACACAGCAGCCACCAAGAUUAUUGAGCUGUCCAAGAAGAACCGAGGGCUGAGUGCUGAGGUCGAGCAAGAAAAGAUAAAGUUAAAGCAAAACAGUAACAAAAUGAAAGAGCUUGAGAAAGAGCUGCGGUCUGCGUUGGUGCACGUUCCCCCUGGUCAAAAAACUAAAUCCCAGUUAUUUGGUGACUAUGAGGUGGAAAAUCCAGCAGUGAAAUCUCUACAGGAAAAAUUUGCUGCAGCCCAGCUGAAAGUGGCUGAAUAUCGAAACCAGAUUCAAGCCGUCAAACAGGACUUAAAAGUUGCUCAAAAGGUUAUAAUCAGUGAGGUUGGAGAGCAGGUCAACUUUCAGCAAUUACUGAGCUCCCCAAGCAGCUUUACAGGUCGUGCUCAACAGGUUCUGGCUCUGCAGACGAGAGUGCGGGACCUUGAGCAGCAGCUGAAGCGCUCGACUCGGCAGCAACAGCCAAGUGUCGGGACAGAGGAAAAGUCUCUGGGCACAGGGGUCCCUCUGAAAACCAAUCCUCAGCAGAGGAACCUCAGUUACAUCCGCAAAAUCGAGAAUGAGAAGCACAAGGAGUUUGAGAGGAUCUUGGUGGAACAUGAGGACCUCCAGAAAGAAAACUCAGAUUUUAAGAAAAAGAUGGAUGCCUCAAAAGCCAGGAAUAAAAUUCUGUCUGCUGAGAUGAAUACUCUGAAGGGUCAAGUUUCCAUCCUGCUGAUGAAGGGUAAACAUGAUGAUGAGCUGGUGGAGUCUUUUCUGAAGACGCAGGCCCAGAUGCAGGAGGUGCUCAGCAAACAGCAGAACGAUUGGCUCCUGCAGAACGAUCGGCUCCAGCAGAGCCAGCAGAGCCAGCAGAACAGUGAACUCGCAGUGCAGAAUGCUCUCCUGAAGAAUCUUCAGAAGGUUGCUGCAGAGGAAGAGGCGAUCAAAAAAAUCACAACAAAUCCAUGUGAUCUCCAUUGA